AUGUCCGCAGCUACCUGGAGAGAAUUCAUGACCUGGAACAAGUACACCCAGAUCGCGUCCAGGGCGGUCCGCCAGGCGCUCACCGAGACGGAGCGGGUUGGGGCUGAGCGUCGGGCUCAGAUUGGUGUCAGAUACCAGCUGUGGGAGAAUGGACAGGGUGGAGAGUCGAAAUUCGUCAUUCCCCAGGUGGAGAAGAGCGGCAAGCCAAAGGACACGUAA